AUGUCGCCCGCUGCAUCCCUGCCCUCGUCUAGUCCACCAUCCCAGUCUGGUCGCACCUCCGCGGCCAAGUCUCCCGCCCACCGCAUUGACGGUCCUGGCAAACCGGCCUUGACCGGCCUUAAGCACGCGCAUACAACGCUUGAUGCUAAACAUUACAAGACGUCCGAGUUUGCGUCCCGGCUCCUGUCAAUUGUCGUCGCCCUUCGUGUGCCUGUUUGGCAAAAGAUUGGGAUGACCUCCAUAGUUGUGAAGAUAUUCAAAGUUUCCGGUUCGCUCACGAACGCCGUUUACUUCGUAUCUUGUCCUUUCGAGCCUGCUGCCCCCACUUUGCUCUUGCGUAUAUACGGCCCCUCUUCCGGAAACCUUAUCUCCCGCCCUAAAGAGCUUCAUACUCUCCAUGUUUUAUCGUCCAGAUACAACAUAGGUCCCAGAAUUUAUGGCACCUUUGACAAUGGUCGCAUCGAGGAGUACUUCGACUCUUCGCCGCUCACCCCUGCCGACUUGCGUGAUCAGAGCGUGAGUCGUUCUAUAGGCGCACGCAUGGCAGAGUUGCACUCGGUCGACGUGAGCGCCGUCGAGGGCCCUUCAACGGGCGGAUCUACGACCGGACGCGACAUAGGGGUGAAGAGGAACGUUCAAGAAUGGCUAUUCGCAGCUAAAGACGUGUUGGAUCUGCCCUGCGUGUCUACACAUGACAAGAAUGCUUUGGAUCUUGACCGCUUCCAAGAGGAGUGGACGGGAUACAUGAGCAGGCUUGACAGAGUCGAACAGACCGAAGGUAUGAGCACGCGAGUGUUCGCUCACAACGAUACCCAGUACGGCAACUUGCUCAGAGUCAAUGGCACGUUGGAGGAAGGCAUGCCCGCACAUCGUCAGAUCAUCGUAGUCGACUUCGAAUACUCAGCCGUCAACCCGCUUGCCUUUGAUAUCGCGAACCACUUCCACGAGUGGACGGCCAACUACCACUCCGACGUCCCCCAUAUCUUGGACCCGUCCCGGUACCCCACCCUCGAGCAGCGACGGAACUUCUAUGUUGGCUACCUACAGCAUGCCGCGAGCUCGCUCUCGGACGUGGCGGGCGAGAGCCCAUCCCCAGCCAGCGAGAAGGAUCUCGCAACGCUCGAGCGUCAAGUCCGCAUCUGGAGUGCAGCAUCACACGGGAUGUGGGCGAUUUGGGGUAUCGUACAGGCCCGCGACGACUUGGCGAGGGGAGAGACUCAGCCCGAGUUCGACUAUAUUGGGUACGCACAAUGUCGGAUGCAGAGUUUCCGUAGGGAGGUGGAGGCGCUCGGAAUCUAGUUCCUUAGAACAGACCUACUAUAUAUACCCGGCCAUUUAUUGUUUGUGUUGGUUCUC